GUGAGAAACGGACUUUAGCAGUGUGUUUAGCAGAGACUGCAGCCAGGGAUGAAUUUUUUUUCUAAAAAAAAGUUCACUCUCAGAAGAUUGACAAUAUUUAAAUAUUUAUCUCAUUCAAUACAAACAAAUAAACAAUUAUCAAUUGACACUAAACAAAAAUCAACUACAAUGUCAUUCAUAGAAGAAAAAGAAAAAUACUUACGAAUGGAUAUUAAUGAAAAACGUAAAAAUUAUUCAACAAAAAAUAUUUUAUCAGUUAAUGAUAUUCCAACAUGGCCAGAGUAUUGGCAAACAAAUAAAGAUAAUAUUGAUAAAUAUAAAAAGUCUGAAAAUGAUAAAUUUGAUAUGAGCAGUUUGGCAAAUAAAAUAUCAAUUUGGGAAGGUGACAUAACAACAUUGGAGAUUGAUGCAAUUGUCAAUGCCGCAAAUGAGAGUCUCCUUGGCGGUGGUGGAGUUGAUGGAGCCAUUCAUCGAGCUGCUGGACCAUAUUUGCGAAAAGAAUGUGCUACAUUGAAAGGUUGUCAAGUUGGUGAAGCAAAAAUAACUGGAGGCUAUAAAUUACCAGCAAAAUAUAUUAUUCACACUGUUGGACCCCGUGGUGAAAAACCAGAUAAAUUACGAGAUUGUUAUAUAAACAGUCUUGAAUUAGCUGAAAAUAAUGAAAUAAAAACAAUUGCUUUUCCUUGUAUAUCAACUGGAGUUUAUGGCUAUCCACAACAGGCUGCUGCUGAGGUGGCCUUGAGACAUGUCUUGCUUCAUCUGGAGCAUCAUCCAAAGAUAAGUCGUGUUAUAUUUUGUUUAUUCUUAUCAACUGAUAAAGAAAUUUACGAAAAAUUACUCCAAAAAUAUUGUCCUCAAAAAUAAUUCAAGCUGGCACAUUGAAUCAUGAUAACUUGUACUGUUUUUCUUUUUUAUAAAUAAUAAAGCAUAAUAAAAUUAA